AAGCUUGGAUUGGCAUGCAGCGAUAUAGACAACGGCAGUGCCCGGCGUCUAGGCCACGUUGCAUCAUCUGAGCGAUGCAUUACCAUAACCUGGGGAUGUGCCGAAUGUCAACAAAAGAAGACAUCUACGCCCGGACACUCGAAGGCCAAAUCCAUUUGGUCUUGUCCACCGCACAGCCCUCUGCCUCAACAACUUCGCCGUCUUAGGUUUGUGGAACAGGCUGCUCCCUCAGAAUUGGGCUCAUUGCUAGACAGAAAAUAGCCCACCAUGACACGGAGCCGGCUCUCCCUCGCCCGCUUGCUCCUUCUCGGGCUGCUGGCACCUCUGGCCACUGCCAACACGGAUGCCAAAGCUGAGGUUAGAGCAGACCCUCCUCCCGCAGGUUCGGGCGAUGGCCUAGCCUAUGAACCCAUUGACAAGGGCACCGUUUACGCCCAAAACACGACAGCCACCCCACGCAAAACGCCGCCUGUAGAAGGAUGGUGGGAGUCCAAGAUCUGCGAGGGCGAGUACUGUAUCUACACAAACCGCCGGAUGGCCAAGGGCCGUGGCAUCGUGCUGGUCACCAAGCACGAGGAAUACCAAAAGAUGGACCGCCUAGAAGAGCACUUCGAGCGAGGCGAGAACAAGUACUUUGAGGACCCCGUCCCAUUCGAGGAGGUGCAAGACCAGGAGCAAGGCGUCCUUAUCAGAGCAACAAAGGCGAUCCGUCGCGGGAAGCCGCUCAUGUCGUGGACUCCGGUACUAAUCGUCCACCAAUCCCUCUUUGACGACAUUCCGAGAAAGAAGGACCGCAUCAAGCUGUUGGAAGCCGCCGUGGCCUUCCUCCCCGACGCGACGCGCGAGAAGUUCGACAAGCAACGCCUGCGGCCCGGCGAUCCGGCCAACCUCAACCCGAGGUCCAUCGAGGAGAUCCUUCGUGCGGCGCCCUUUGAGAUCGAUCUCGGCUACAUGUACCGGCGGGAGGAAAACUCGAAGCACUACGUCAACUACCCCGAGGUCUUUGUGUUGCAGCACGAUUGCCGACCCAACGCCGCCUACCACCUCGACGAGUCGUUCGCCAUCCGGCUCACCGUCGCCCGCCGCAUCCAGGUCGGCGAACCUAUCACCAUCGCCUACAUCAACCCCCUCACGCCGCGCGAGGAGCGCAUCUCGUGGGUAAAGCGUCGCCGCGGGAACGGCAAGAAAGGCUGCACCUGCAGCGCAUGCUCGCCGAAGGGUGGUAAUGAGGAGAUUGCCAAUGCGGAUAAGCGGCUUGAGGAGAUUCUAGAGCUGCGGGGUGAGCUGAGGAACCAUGACAGCACAAAGGUGGACUUUGACUUGAUUGAGCGGUACUUGAAGCUCGUGGAGGAGGAUCGACUGCAUGCCAAGUUUGCCGAGGCGUACGAGCUGGCGGCGCUGAAUUAUAAUUACCUGGGUGACGAUAAGAAGGCGAAGAAGUAUGCGGAUAUGGCGGUGCAGGCGGGCAUUGUUGAGGGCGGCGUCAAGUCGAACGACGUGGUUGCGAUGCGCAUCAUGGCGUCGGAUAUCAAGGGGCAUUACUCGUAUCGGUAUACACUCAAGAGAAGGGGAAAGGUGCCCAAGAAAUAGGGCGGAUAAUAAAGCGUGUAAAUGGGCAACACAUGAUUAUUAGGACGAGAAACUUGUCGAGCGGUUGCUUUGCUGAAUAGGACGUCACAUGUUUAUCAGCUUGUAUAAGAUGAACCCAUA